AUGCAUACGCUAAAAACCACGGCCUCUUCAUCGCUGGCCCUUGCGGAGGGUAGUUACAUCUAUUCUAUUGCGGCGUCAUCCCCAGGUUCAUUCGCUGCUAUCUCUUCCGAUGACUCUCUCCGUAUGUUCGAUGCUGCUGGUCUCAAUCAUGUAUCUGUAGUGGCUGCGAACACUCACGAGGGUGUUACAUCAUUGAAAUCGUAUGAUGUUGGCCAGCAGUUGCUCGCUACGGGUGGCAGGGAUGGAAAAGUGAAGCUCUGGGAUUUACGAAAGGGCAAAAAUGCAGCAGUGGUGGUAGCAAUGGAAACAUGGAUGUCAGAUCACCCGGGCAGUGCCAACUUCAUCAACAUUUACAACACUACCAUCACAGAUGAAGAUGAUGCACUGGUGCAAGUCAUCAAUCACGGCUCCGUGCACCAUGCUGGUUUCCUAACGGAGAGGACAAUCUACGCGCUGAGCCACGACGAGGUCUUCUCAAUUCAUCCAGCAACGGAUCCAGACGAGCAGACACAGGAACCCGAUCCUGUGCAGUUCGGGGACCUGAGACAACCACUGGGCUGUGAAUAUAUCGCCCAGCUAUGCAUUGGCAGUCAGGGUCCCUACGUUGCCGCCGGCAGUACCAGCGAUCGCCGCUUGGACUUGGUUCCACUUGUCUCGAAUCCAUCUUGGCACUUCGACCAGGAGAAUCUAUGGCGUCUUCCAGGUGGCCAUGGCGAGGAGAUUGUACGAUCAGUGUACUUGGAUGAGCAGUCCCAAUCGGUAUUUACUUGCGGCGAGGAUGGCUUCGUUCGCGCCUGGAAGCCAGACGAUGAUAAAAUGGAGAUGGAGGAAUCAUCGACCAAGACACCACGGCCAAAGGCAAAGAAAGGUAGAGACAAAGGACGAUUUAAUCCGUACUAG